AUGGACUUCUCAGAAGAGGUGGAACCUGUGAUGGCACCGGUUUGGAUUAACUUACCGGGGCUUGCUCCGAACUUCUAUCAAGAGUCAUACCUACGAAAUAUUACUGCUCUAGUGGGAAUUCUCCUUCGGAGAGACAAUGCAACAAAAUGUGCGACUCGCACGGAUGGGGCUAGGGGCUGUGUUCUAAAGGAUAUCUCCCAACCACCAGUGCAACAUGUGUGGAUUGGGAUGCCUUGCCAGCUUUCCAGUGUGCGUCAGGAAAUUAUUUAUGAAACCCUUCCGGCCUUUUGCACCAAAUGUAGUACACAAGGGCAUAAUAUUGGCACUUGUAAGCUGUUGGUGAAGGACAUAGGGAAAAAGAAGGAAUCGGGUCUUGUAUGGAAGCCGCAAAAACUCAUAGCACCAGAGAAGAUGGUCGUCUUGGGGGGAAAUCGGUCCUCUGUUUCAGGAGAACCUGUGGGAGAUGAUUUGGCUGUCAAGGAAAAUACUCUUGAGGCUAAAAAUUCUGGGGUGAAUAAGGAAGUUUUUGUCAUGGAGAGUGAAAAAAUUGGAAUGUAUUGCGGGGAUGAAGGGCUAGCUAGAAGUGACGAAGGGCUGUCCAAGGAUCAAUUGGAGUCAAUGGAAAUAAAUGUUAAAGGUUCAACUGAGAUGAGGGGUCCUGAAUUGAUCAUAGCGGGAGCUACUCUGGAGGUUAAUACUAACAUGGAUUGUACAAUGAAAUCUAUGGAGAUUGGUGGGGAUUCUGGCAAUUCUAGAGGGGCUGGCCUACUGAAUGGUGAAAAGGAGUGCGAUCCUAUAUCUAUAAAUGGCUCUCUGGAUGGUGUUAUAUUGGAGAAUCUAGAUGAUAAUGUUGAGGAGUUGGCCAAGGAAAAUCUUGGGGGGAGGAGAGUCGAAAAAGUAGCCAAACCUGUGAUGAGGAGUUCAGGGUCUGUUUCGGAUUCAGAGGGAGUAGGUGUGAUACCGCAUUUUGCGAAAGAAAAAGAUGGUGUCUUGGAUACAGAAAUUUUGAAACCAAAGAUGCGAUCUAGUAUGAAGCUACGCAGUUCCUCACAGGCUCCUAGCAAGCCUGAACGGAUUGAUCAAUGUUAG